AUGGCGGUGCACAUCUUCGGUCACAACAUCCGGCACAACACCAAGGUGUGGCUUGGGCUUAAGAAUGCCAUCUUUGGUAUUGGCGAAAAGACCGCACGGCAAAUCUGUGCCCGGGUCAGCAUCUACCCCCAGAUGCGGAUGAAGGACUUAACGGAACCUCAGAUCAUGGAACUCAACAAGGAGAUUUCGGGGUUGACUGUCGACGGGGCGCUUAAGGCUCAAAUCAACGAAAACAUCAAGUUCAAGAAGGACAUUGGCUCGUACGUGGGGCAACGUCACGUCCGCGGGUUGCCUGUGAGAGGUCAAAAGACGAGAAACAACGCCAAGACCGCUGGCAAGUUGAACAAGUUGGAGAGAUACAGAGUUUAG